AUAUUAUAAGGCAUCAAGUUUAGCUGUCAAACAACGGUCAAGUGUCAUAUAUUGCCCCACUUACAAACACGUUAGUGAUAUCAUCUGUGGCCAUAGUCAGCUGUUAUGGAGCACAUAAAGGAUGGGUGGUUUACGGAAACAUGUACGCUAUGGCCGGGGCAAGCGAUGAGCCUCCAAGUGGAAGAGGUCCUCUACCACAAGAAAUCCAAAUUUCAAGAUGUUAUGGUUUUCAAGAGUAAAACCUAUGGGAAUGUCUUGGUGCUGGAUGGAGUGAUCCAAUGCACAGAGAGAGAUGAGUUUGCCUAUCAAGAGAUGAUUGCCAACCUUCCCCUGUGCAGUCACCCUUGCCCCAAGAAGGUGCUGAUUAUUGGCGGUGGAGAUGGUGGCGUGCUAAGGGAAGUGGUGAAGAAUCCUCUGGUGGAAUCAGUGGUUCUGUGUGAGAUAGAUGAGGAUGUCAUCAACGCAUCCAAGAAGUUCCUCCCUGGGAUGGCCAAAGGGUUUUACAGUCCCAAGCUCAUCCUCCAUGUUGGAGACGGCUUUGAAUUCAUGAAGAAGAACCAGGAUGCCUUUGACAUCAUUAUAACAGAUUCAUCAGACCCUGUUGGACCUGCUGAGAGUUUGUUCAAGGAGUCUUACUAUCAACUGAUGAAGGCAGCGUUGAGAAACGGUGGAAUUCUUUGUUCCCAGGGAGAGUGUCAAUGGCUCCAUUUGGAGCUGAUAAAGGAGAUGCGAACCUUCUGCAAGACCCUUUUCCCUGUGGUGGACUAUGCCUACAGCACCAUCCCAACGUAUCCCAGUGGCCAAAUUGGAUUCAUGCUCUGCAGUACAAAUCCUGAAACAAAUUUCCUGGAACCAAUGAGAGCGCUGUCAAAAGAAGAAAUGGAAAAUAUGAACCUUAGAUAUUACAACCCUGAAAUUCACAAAGCAUCAUUCAUCCUGCCUCAGUUUGCAAAAAAGGUACUCAAUGAAGCAUGACCAAAAACAACAGACGACUAUGUUCAACCUGUAGCUGGCACAGAUCAACAACUAUGUUCUACGGCUUCUUCACCUCCUCAACGCAGUUCAGCACCAAUGAAGAGAGUAUCCUCCUAAAGAUUUUAUGGUUGGGGGCACCUAAUAAUCGGUGGAUGGGUACACACUGAGUGAUACAGUUAAAGUGUUCAUUCCAAUGUUUUCUUCCACGCUCUUGGUGUUUUUAUUUAUUUUACUGAUGUGUUUUUUUUUUGUUUGUUUUUUCAUUUUUACUGACUGUAAUUGUCUUAUCAGCAUUUUGCGGAGAGCAAUUUGCUGGGCUGGGCUGAGUGGGAAGAGCAUUGCUGUCAAUUCUGACCUCACUCUGAAACUGUACACUGUCUAUUAGAUUCAGUGCAUUUACAUAUUAUGUAAUACAUUACAUACCACAUAGAGGUUGUACGUGUAAUGUAUUGCUGUACUUUUAUUUGUAAUAUUUAAUACUGGUUUGUGCUCAUAGGAAAAUACACAGUUGCCAUCAUGGCAUGACUGUAUAUUCAGAGUACUAAUGUGUCCUCUUUACACAUGAACCCUAUAGUGCCUGAAAUUGGUUGUUGUUGAUUAAAAAAAAAAGACUUAUUAUGUAUCUGUCAAAGUAUACUGGGCACAUAUAGUGGCCUAGAAGAAAGCUCAAGUGUCAAUAGUCGAGAAAAGUGUCCCUUUU